AUCUUACAAAGAAACAGGAUGGACAUUUUGAUGCACCCCCACACUUAUUUAUGAAGGUAAAAGAGGUUGAUGCAGCUGGAGAAUGGUUUAAAGAAGGAAUGAAAUUGGAAGCUAUAGACCCCUUAAACCUCUCAGCAAUAUGUGUGGCAACUAUCAGAAAGGUGUUAGCAGAUGGCUAUCUUAUGAUUGGGAUUGAUGGCUCAGAAGCAGCAGAUGGGUCUGAUUGGUUUUGUUACCAUGCCACUUCCCCUUCUAUUUUCCCUGUUGGUUUCUGUGAAAUUAACAUGAUUGAACUAACUCCACCCAGAGGUUAUGCAAAACUCCCUUUUAAAUGGUUUGACUACCUCAGGGAAACUGACUCAAUAGCAGCACCUGUAAAGCUCUUCAAUAAGGAAGUUCCAAACCAUGGGUUUCAUGUUGGAAUGAAACUGGAGGCUGUUGAUCUGAUGGAACCUCGCCUGGUAUGUGUGGCCACAGUAACUCGCAUUAUCCAUCGGCUUUUGAGGAUACACUUUGAUGGGUGGGAAGAUGAAUAUGAUCAGUGGGUGGAUUGCGAGUCCCCAGACCUCUAUCCCGUGGGAUGGUGUCAGCUAACUGGAUAUCAGCUACAGCCUCCAGCGCCGCAGUCCUCACGAGACAGCCAGUCCAGCUCAUCCAAACAGAAGAAAAAAGCUAAAUCGCAGCAGUACAAAGGACAUAAGAAAAUUACUUCAUUGCAGCUGAAGGAGGAGUUGCUGGAUGGAGAUGACUACAGCUUCCUUCAAGGAGCAUCUGACCAGGAAAGCAACGGGUCUGCCAGUUACUACAUCAAACAGGAACCAUGAGGCAGCUCAGAAGAGUGAGGGGCAGAGCAUUGGUGACAGGACAAGAACCUUUCUCCAAGACUGACUGAUUUUGCUCCCACUUGGAUGGUACAGUUCUGGUGGCUGUGCCUGGGGCACUUUGCUAACUGUAGACAAGUUAGACUCAGUUCAGAAUUUUUUUGGAAGGGAGGGGGAAACUAUUUUAGUGAAAAA